ACAUGGUUAUAUGUUGAACAGUCUCUCUCUCUCUAGGUAGUGGAGAGUGUCUGGGACAUGGUUAUAUGUUGAACAGUCGGUACCAGGUGGUCUAUCCCUUCCCCACCUUCCAGCCUGCCUUCCAGCUGAAGAAAGACCAGGUGAUCUUCCUCAACACCUCCUAUUCCCUGGUGGCCUGCUCUGUGUCCCUCUGUCCAGGUGAGCAGGGUCAUUCCUCUCAGAUCCUGUUCAGAAAGAGAGCCACAGCCCCCACCUUAGAACAUCAAACUCCUCCAUCGCCCUCUUCAUCCUCUUCCUCUCACGGGUCUCCCGACAGCCGCCUGCUAACCGCCAAACCAAGCCCCGCCCCUCUUUCACCUAGCCAAUCACAAGCUGCCGCCCGGGCGCGAGAGUUCGCCGCCGACCUCUUCAGACGUGCCCAGGGAGGAGGGAGAGAAAACGAGGGAGGGGAGAGGAGAGGGAAACCGGAGGGAAGCGAAGUAGGAGAGGAGGCCGUCGUGACUGAGAGAGAAGGGGUGAGCGUGGAGAGGGACAGUGAACAGAGGGAAGACGCACAGACGGAUCAACUGACUAGCGCACCACAGACUUCCACUUCAGCUGGGAACCAAAGCUUGUUGCAACCUUUGCAGGAGGACUCUAUUCAGUGUAGUGCGGUGACGUCUCCUGCCUCCUCCUCCUCUUCCACCCCCACUCCUCAUUCUUCUCAGGAAGCAGGCUGCAGCGAGCCGGGAUAUGUCAACUACACCCGCUUGCAGUACCGCAUGCCACAGCCGGGGGCGCCAGAGCAGGAUGCAGGAGGUUAUGAGGAUGAUAAGGUCCAGCUGCCCUUCACUGUGACUGACCUGAAGGGACGCAACCUACAGCUGGUCACUGGGCCCCACAACGGACAGAGUGUGUGUGUGGAGCAGUUGACUCUGGACUUUGAGUACCUGAUCAACGAGGUGAUCCGGGAGCGACGCCCCCGCUGGGCUGCUCAGUUCUGUUCCUUCAACGACUACGACGUUGUUAUACUGGAG